GUGUUCCAUCAGUCAGGUGUUCCAUCAGUCAGGUGUUCCAUCAGUCAGAUGUUCCAUCAGUCAGAUGUUCAGAUGUUCCAUCAGUCAGGUGUUCAGAUGUUCCAUCAGUCAGGUGUUCAGAUGUUCCAUCAGUCAGGUGUUCAGAUGUUCCAUCAGUCAGGUGUUCAGAUGUUCCAUCAGUCAGGUGUUCAGAUGUUCCAUCAGUCAGGUGUUCCAUCAGUCAGAUGUUCCAUCAGUAAGAUGUUCAGGUGUUCCAUCAGUCAGGUGUUCAGGUGUUCCAUCAGUCAGGUGUUCAGAUGUUCCAUCAGUCAGGUGUUCAGGUGUUCCAUCAGUCAGGUGUUCAGAUGUUCCAUCAGUCAGGUGUUCAGAUGUUCCAUCAGUCAGGUGUUCAGAUGUUCCAUCAGUCAGAUGUUCAGAUGUUCCAUCAGUCAGGUGUUCAGGUGUUCCAUCAGUCAGGUGUUCAGAUGUUCCAUCAGUCAGGUGUUCAGAUGUUCCAUCAGUCAGAUGUUCCAUCAGUCAGGUGUUCAGAUGUUCCAUCAGUCAGAUGUUCCAUCAGUCAGGUGUUCAGAUGUUCCAUCAGUCAGGUGUUCAGAUGUUCCAUCAGUCAGAUGUUCCAUCAGUCAGGUGUUCAGAUGUUCCAUCAGUCAGAUGUUCCAUCAGUCAGGUGUUCAGAUGUUCCAUCAGUCAGGUGUUCAGAUGUUCCAUCAGUCAGGUGUUCAGGUGUUCCAUUAGUCAGGUGUUCCAUCAGUCAGGUGUUCAGAUGUUCCAUCAGUCAGGUGUUCCAUCAGUCAGAUGUUCCAUCAGUAAGAUGUUCAGGUGUUCCAUCAGUCAGGUGUUCAGGUGUUCCAUCAGUCAGGUGUUCAGAUGUUCCAUCAGUCAGGUGUUCAGGUGUUCCAUCAGUCAGGUGUUCAGAUGUUCCAUCAGUCAGGUGUUCAGAUGUUCCAUCAGUCAGAUGUUCAGAUGUUCCAUCAGUCAGGUGUUCCAUCAGUCAAUGUUCCAUCAGUAA